CGUGCAUAUGUGUGAGUGUGUAUGCAAAGUGAUGCAAAGUAGACGGCGAACAGAUAUUUUCAUUGUCCGUCGGAUUUCUUUUUAAUAAUUCUUCAAAAACAUUAAAUUUCUGAAAUUUUAAAACUUCCAAAUACAAUAGAUAUUCUUCGCGAAAACGUGUUGGCGUGCAAAAUACAACAGUUCAACAAGGAGCUUAAGUCUGGAGUCUUAGAAUUCCCUGUACAACGGUUAUAACAGCUACUCACUAUCGUGCCACAAAUUUUGUGGCGGAAGUGCGUUUCGUAUGCACAAUACGUUUUAAUGUCGCUGCUGCUGCCCCCCACAACACACGUCGCACAGCACCCAAAGCAUUGUCUAAAAUAAUAUUUAUAAUGAUAAUGCCAAACGCCGCCAACGAGUGGAAAUCCAAUGCAAAAGCGUGCAACUGAUGCGACUAUGCGGUGGAGCACAGUGUGUACGAUAAACAAAAGCAACAACAAUAACAACAACGAUAGUAACACAACAAAGACAAUAAUUAAAAUAAUUCCUUUUAUUUGUGUGUAUUCGAAAGCAAAUCGCCUGGAAUCAAAUACAACAGCAGAGCAAACAUAUCAAACGAGACACUAUGGAUGAGGAACGGAAGAGACGCGCCCAAGCAUUGGAGCGUGAGAUGCGUGAUCCACACAGUAUUUGCAAUAUCGACUGCCUACUGGACACAGUGACUGCGCUGGUUAACGAUUGUGAUCAUGAAUCAUUGAAGCGUCUGAAGAAUAUCGAGCAAUAUGCCAGCAAAUAUAAGCCGGUGUCAAAGCAGAUUUGCCAGCUGCGUAUGAAUGUCGAAGAUUUUGAUUUCAUCAAAUUGAUCGGCGCCGGCGCCUUUGGCGAGGUGCAACUAGUGCGACAUAAAUCCUCGCGGCAAGUGUACGCCAUGAAGCGGCUAUCCAAAUUCGAAAUGAUGAAGCGACCCGACUCAGCCUUCUUCUGGGAGGAGCGUCACAUUAUGGCGCACGCCAACUCAGACUGGAUCGUGCAACUGCACUUCGCAUUUCAGGACGCCAAAUAUUUGUAUAUGGUCAUGGAUUAUAUGCCCGGUGGCGAUAUUGUCUCGCUGAUGUCCAUGUAUGAGAUACCGGAGAAGUGGGCAAUCUUCUAUACGAUGGAGGUUGUGCUUGCGCUGGAUACUAUCCACAAUAUGGGGUUUGUGCAUCGUGACGUGAAGCCGGACAAUAUGCUGCUCGAUCAUCACGGGCACUUAAAGUUGGCCGAUUUCGGCACCUGUAUGCGCAUGGGUCCCAAUGGCUUGGUGGUGUCGAGUAAUGCUGUCGGCACGCCGGAUUAUAUUAGUCCUGAGGUGUUGCAAUCGCAGGGUGUAGAUAAUGAGUACGGGCGCGAGUGCGAUUGGUGGUCGGUUGGUAUUUUUCUCUACGAAAUGCUUGUGGGCGACACACCAUUCUACGCCGACUCACUUGUGGGCACGUACGGCAAAAUUAUGGAUCACAAGAACUCAUUGAGCUUCCCCGCAGAGGUGGAGAUUAGUGAGAGCGCCAAAUCGUUGAUGCGCGCGUUCCUCACCGAUCGCACACAGCGUUUGGGGCGCCAUGGCAUCGACGAAAUCAAGGCGCAUCCGUUCUUCAAAAACGACACUUGGACGUUUGACAAUAUACGCGACAGUGUGCCGCCAGUAGUGCCCGAGUUGUCAUCAGAUGACGAUACGCGCAACUUCGAGGAUAUCGAUCGCGACGAGUCACCGGAGGAGGUGUUUCCCACACCGAAAUCGUUUGAUGGCAAUCAUCUACCUUUCAUUGGCUUCACGUAUACAGGCGACUACCAGUUGCUCACCAACGACACGGUCGACGCCGAGGCGAAGGAGUCGGCGAAUACGAUCGCCAACCACAAUCACCGACAUCGUCCAUCCAAUUCAAACGAAAUCAAACGGCUCGAAGCACUGCUCGAACGCGAGCGAAAUCAUUCCGAAACGCUGGAGAAGCAAGACAAAGCGCUGCGUCAACAAAUCGAAUUGAUUAGUAAGCGUGAAGCUGAAUUACAGCGCAUCGCCUCGGAGUAUGAAAAAGACUUGGCACUUCGCCAACACAACUACAAAGUGGCCAUGCAAAAAGUCGAGCAGGAGAUAGAGCAACGUAAAAAGACUGAGACAAUGCUCGCCGACGCGCAGCGCAAUCUGGACAACGAGCAGAAGAUACGCACACGCGAAAUGAACAACAAUCUGCAUCACAACGAGAAGAUCGUCACGCUGGAGAAACAGCUGAAGGAAAUGGAGGAGAACUUCAAAAACGAGAAUGAGCACGUGCAGAAGCUCAAGAAGCAAGUGGCCGAAUUGGGUCUGUCACAGCAGGAGUUGGAAGGUAAACUGGCGCAAACGCAGGCAUUGAAUGCCACGUUACAUGCGCAAAAGGAAGCGCUGCAGCAAGAAGUGGCCGAAACGCAAGCGCUGCUGGCGCAAGAGAAAAAUUCCCGCUCGCAGCUGAAGGAGCAGGUGAAGGAGUCCGAGAAUAAACUGCAAACCAUAUCGAAUGACUUGGAACGCGUAGCGCAACGCGAGCAGCAAGCGCACGAGGACAAUCGCGUGUUAAACGAAAAGAUCUCCGAUCUGGAGAAGGCGAAUGCUAGUCUGGACUUUGAGCUCAAAACCUUGCAGAGUCGCUAUCAGCAGGAAGUGAAAGCGCACCAAGAGACCGAGAAGUCGCGUAUGCUAAGCCGCGAAGAGGCGAAUCUGCAGGAGGUAAAAGCGCUACAAACCAAGCUGAACGAGGAGAAAUCCGCGCGCAUUAAGGCCGACCAAAAUUCACAAGAGAAGGAGCGGCAGUUGAGCAUGCUGUCGGUGGAUUAUCGUCAGAUACAGCAACGCUUGCAAAAGCUCGAGGGUGAAUGCCGUCAAGAGACGGAGAAAGUCAUGGCGCUGCAGGCGCAGAUCGAACAGGAGAACUGCAAAAAGAACACACUGAAAUCCCAACUCAGUUUGCAGAGCAGCGAGGUGGCGCACUUGAAAUCUCGUGAAAAUCAACUGCAAAAGGAAGUCAGCUCCUUGCGCGAGGCUAAGCGCAAAUUCGAAGAAGAGAUUUCACAAAUCAAAAACACAUUGAAUAAGGAGAUUCUCUUGAAGCGCGAAUAUCAGGAUCAACUCGAAGCCGAACAGUAUUUUUCACGCCUCUACAAGACGCAAGCAAACGAGCAUCGCGAAGAGAUAUCGGAGCGUUGUCGUGAGAUACAAGAUCUGAAGGAGGAACGCACAUCGCUGAAGCACCAAGUGCAAGUGGCUGUGGCGCGUGCAGACUCCGAAGCGUUGGCACGGUCAAUUGCUGAAGAGACUGUCGCCGAUUUGGAGAAGGAAAAGACAAUCAAGGAGUUUGAGUUGAAGGACUUCAUGACCAAAUAUCGCAAUGAAUUGGCAGCGAAGGAAGCGGCUCUGUCAACAGCGAAGGAAACCGAAACCGAGUAUGUCAAGAAAUUGAACCAGAAGAACACGGAAACGGACGAACUCUUGCAACAGCAAAAGAAACUGCAAGAUGAUAUGUCGCAACUACGUGUCAGCAAGGACGAAGAGCUCGCCAAACUGAAGGAGAAACUGCAAACCGAAAUGCUGCUGAAACAAGUCGCGGUGAACAAGCUGACGGAAGUGAUGAAUCGGCGCGACACGGACUUGCAAAAACAAAAAGGCAAAGCGCGCUCAUCCGCCGAGUUGCGUAAGAAAGAGAAGGAAAUGCGUCGUCUGCAACAAGAGCUCUCACAAGAGCGCGAGAAGUACAACCAACUGUCGCUCAAACUGCAAGACGUGCAGAGUCAGAUCAUCGAAGACGGUCAUAUCAAGCAAAAGCUACAAAUGGAAAUCGACUGCAAAGCCACGGAAAUCGAGCAGCUGCAGUCGAAGCUCAAUGAAACCGCCUCACUGUCAUCAGCCGACAAUGAUCCCGAAGACACCCAGGUGCUUGACUCGGUGUUCGAGGGCUGGUUGAGUGUGCCAAAUAAGCAGAAUAUACGCCGUCACGGCUGGAAGCGGCAAUAUGUGAUUGUGUCAUCGCGCAAAAUUAUCUUUUACAAUACCGAAAUCGACAAACAGAAUACAAUCGAUCCUGUGCUUAUAUUAGACUUAAGCAAAGUAUUCCACGUGCGUUCUGUGACGCAGGGUGAUGUGAUACGCGCCGAUGCCAAAGAGAUACCACGCAUUUUCCAGCUACUCUAUGCCGGUGAGGGCGAAGCGCGUCGUCCCGACGAACAAAAUCAAUUGGAUAUUAGUCAGUUGUUGGCGGACGAACGGCCCAGCACCAUUAUGUAUAAAGGUCACGAGUUCGUGCACAUAACGUAUCAUAUGCCAACGGCCUGUGAGGUCUGUACAAAACCAUUGUGGCACAUGUUCAAGCCGCCAGCGGCGUAUGAAUGUAAACGUUGCCGCAACAAGAUCCACAAGGAGCAUGUAGACAAUAAUGAUCUGCUGGUGCCGUGCAAACUGCACCACGAUCCACAUACUGCCAAAGAAAUGCUGCUGCUGGCCGGCACGCCCGACGAGCAACAUCUGUGGGUGACACGUCUCUCCAAGCGCAUACAGAAGUUCGGCUACAAGGCUAACUCGUCAUCGAACAACAAUAGUGGCGGCGGUGAUGGCAGCAAAAUAUCGCCAAGUCGACUGAAAUGGCAACCGUCAAUAACGUCACAACAAUCACAACACCGGCACUCCUCACCGCCGAUACCGCCACCAAAACCAUUGUCAUUGCAACGACAAAAAUCACAACCGCCAAUAUUUUACAACAACAAAUGAAACAAAAUGCACAAAUUGUUAUUGUAAAAAAAAACAAUAACAAAAACAUAUAAAUGUGGUGUGUGGUGUGGUCCAGCAGUAAUUUUGCGGAACAGCAACAACAACUAAUAAGACUAUCAAAUCGCCUGCGCAACAGUUUUAUAAAACGCUUUCGUACAGCCAUACGCGCCGAUUAGCGUGUGAAUUUAAUGAAAAAAUACAUAUAUGUAUAUUAUUAAUAAUAUAUUGUUUAGCGUAAAUCACAAAGACAAACAACUUUUAAAAGAAAAUCAAAAUUAAAUUAAAAAAAAACAUUCGUGUAGGUUUGCGCACAUUGUAGGGAUGCUCUUUGUACCGAUAAAUUGUAUAUAUAUUAAUAUUCUGAAAUUUAUAAUUUUUGACUUUCACUUAGGUUGUUACUUGUUUUUAGCUUAUGUUGAUGUUGCUUAAGCUUUUGUACUUAAUAAUUCUAGUAAUAAAAAAUGUUUGCCAUUUGUAUUUGUGAAAUUUAGAAAUAAUUUUUUUAAGUUUAUUUAAAAAAAAUUUAAAAUAAUGAUUAAAAAAUAUAAUAAAAUUAUUUUAUAUUUAAUUUGUUAUUUAUUAAAUUACUAUAAAUGUUGCACUAGCAAAAAUGACGGAAAAUAAAUUUAUCAAACAAAAAUUUAAUAUAAAAACUUCAAACAGAAAAUUUUGGUUUAUUUUGAAUUCUAGUUAUCACGACACUUAAUACAAGUAAUGCUAGUAACAUAUAUAUACCACAACUAUAUAUAUUUAUACAUUUAGUGAUAAUAUGCGAGUAUAUACAUUUAAUAAAUUUAUAUAAAUUAUAAAAGAAAACAGUCUAUACUUACUGUAUAAAAUAUCAAAAAAUGUUAAUAAAGUUAUAAAAAAAUAAAUUAUAAUAAAUAAUACUAUUUACUAAUGCAAUAACAUUCCUAAUUAGCUUAUAAGCAAUAAAUAAUGCAUUUAUAAUCAAAACGCUAAAAGCGUAUUCUAUCAAUCGGAAAGCCAACUAAGCAAUCAAAUUGUAAAGAAAAAAAAAAAUAAAUCAAAAACAAAAUACAACAUGAAAAGCAACAACACAAUCAAAUUGUGAACCCUGAAAUUUUUCAAGAAGUUUAUUUUAAAAAUGUUGAAUUUUAUUUUUUUUUAAUUAAACAGUCAAUAAGUUAUUUUACUUAUAAAUAUUGCAGUUGUAGAUUUGAAAAAAAAAAUCAAUCAACUGUAAUAUCUUUUCAAGUCUAAUGUGUCUCUAAGUCGACUAUACAAUUAAUUUACUACUCCUCUAGGCACUAUAUUUCGACCACAAAAAUUGCUAAAAAUUAAAAUUUACUAUAUUUUAAGUUCAAUCAUUCGCUUUCGAACUAAUUUUCAUUUUAAAAGUGGGUUCCUGAACUUAACCUUUGAAAUAUAAUUUCUACAGAAUGUUCUUUAUACAAAACUGGAUUUGAAUCCAAAACAAACAUUUCGAAAUUCCCUACUGUUUUUGAAUUCUGAAAUAAUUAACCAAAAUGUCUGCAUACUUUUAGGUGCUAUAUUGGAAAUAUUGAAUUUUUUAAGUUUAGUUGAAGUGAUAUCCCAUAUAAAUUGUCGGAACCUAGUUUAGUGAACUAUAAAAGUUUUUAAAAACAACUCUCAAUGUAAUAUUUCUUUUCGUGGCAAAAAUAUUACCCCAAUAGAAACUACUUGAGUUCCACAACACAAAACAUAGCAAAGCAAAUCAAAUCAGGGAUGAAAUUUGGUUAGUUUAAGUUCCGUGACUGAUUGCCGUUCGAGAGAUCACUUGGACAGUUAUCUACUUAGUGAUGCCGAAAAAUUCGGAAAAGCCGGAAUUUCAUAUAUGUAGGAAGGAAACGUUGAGAACGAUUCACAAAUUUGCUAAGUUCUCGUACUUCAAUACUUGGUGGUGUAAUCUGAGCUUUAGUCAAAAAUUUAAAAACAAAAACAACCUAUUUAGAUUGUGUAUUAAAACCAAUAUGUACUGAUGAACUUAGCUCACAUUUAGAUUUGCGUUACGACCCACUUUCAACUAAUGGAAGUUGUAAUACAAAUGUACAACUGACAACUCAACUGAAUUCAAAGUUGUAAGUCAUGAUGGGUUAAGUUGUAUUAGUUUUUGAGUUUCAUUUCUGAGAAUGCCUCAUUCUAAAUCGGUUUAUUUCUUUUUUUUUUUAUUUCUCCAAUUUUUCAUCAUUUCAUUCGAUUAUUGCGUCAAUAUUUAUAAUUAACUCUGUUGCCCGCUCUCUUAUGUUAGUUGUAUGAAGGUUUACUUAACAAAAAUGUUACUUAAAAAUGUAAUUUUUUUUUCAAAUAGCAUAUGUUUGUAUGUAAAUACUAAAGAAGAAAAAAAUGAAAAUGUCAGCAGCAGCUGUGAGCAUAUCACCCAUUAGAAUUAUUAAUUACACAAAUCAAUACUUACUUAAGCAAUGUUACUUUAUUGAAUUUACAAACCUUUCUUUACGACUAUGACUUAUCUAGUUUAUUGAUCUAUAAAAAAAAGAGUAAUCAAUAAGGUAAAUUAUAAUAAAAGAAUAAGCGAAACGCCUUGAUUAGUUGUUAAUUUAUACAAUUUGUACAUUAAUAAUAAAUCUACUUAGGAAAACCCAUAUAUAUAUAUAUAUAUAUAUAUUCUCAUACAUUUGUACAUACAUAUGUACUAUGUGCAUAUGGACAUACAAGUAAUUGUAAACUUAAAACUUUUGCAAUAUCGUAUUCUUAAAUACAUACAUAUGUAGUGGUUAUCAUUAUCGUGGUUAUUUCAUAUCGUAUUAUGGUAGUUAGCGCGACCGUUUAUAUGAAAUUGUAUACAAUUAGAUUCAAGCGCAAUAAAUCGCAUGCAAUUUUGUAAGAAAAUA